CCGACCGACGACCGAGCGCGAGCUUCACGGUCUGGAGAGAGCCGGUCGCAGACCGCGGGAAUUCCGACAACACCUUUGUUGGUGUCCUCGCGGACAUGAAGACCUUCCUUGUGCUGAUCAUUGCGUUUGGCGCUCUCGUGUCAGUGUCUGUGUCCACAAGCUGUGGAAGUGAUACCUGCGCUGAUGAUGAGUACUGCAAUGCCAACAUUACUGCCUGCCAGUGUAAUUCAACUGCCUCCAACAUAGGAAGCAAUCUGGCUCCAUCCAUUACCUGCACUGAUGGAACUCUAAAUAUAUUUUUAUCGAAAUGUUGGCUGGAAGAAAAUGGGUUUAACGCGUCAACUGUACGUCUGAAAAGCCCCGACUGUCUGGCAACAAGAGAGAUUGCCAAUAAUACGGCCCAGAUGAGCUUCCACACCCCGCUGAUAAUUAAUUACUGCAACACCACGGCAGAGGUAAAUGGGAUGCGGGUCACAUACAGGAACACGCUGUACGCUUUUUCCCGGGAAUCUGUAAAUCAGAUGCAGCGAGUGUUCUUUAUGGACGUUUCCUGCGCGGUCCCUCUGAGUAUCAGCGCCCAGCUUAUCAUCACCCUGAAGCCAGCACUCCGCAUCUUAUCAGUAAACAUUCCCGGAACAAAUAUCUCCUCCGCAGUGCGCAUGUGGAUCUAUAAAGAUGGAGCCUUUACCACUCCGCUCUCAGACAACGACGCAUUGUAUGUGGAGGACACUGUGUACAUCGUAGUGACCGCGCCGGAUUUGGACGCAAACCUCAAAGUGGAGCGAAUGUACGUCUCUCCCGGAGAGUCCGAAAAUCUGCAAUACGAUUUACUUCUGAAUGGGUGUCCGGCGGGAGGUCUGCUUGCUGACCUGAUCACCGUGAUCGGCAAUGGAGUCGGCACUGAGUCGCGGUUCGCUAUGAAGGUCUUCCAGAUUUCUGGUUUCGACAGUUUCAGGCUUUCUGCCGACGUCCUCUUCUGCGUGGAUAAUUGCGUCCCGGAGUGCGCUGGCGCUGGGGGUAACCCGCCUACAGUCUCUUCAAACACAACCUCUGUAAUCUGUGGAAAUGAAACCUGCGCCGGUGAUGAGUACUGUGAUGGCAGCGGCACCGCCUGCCGGUGUAAUUCCACCGUCUACCACUAUGCAGAAAGCCGUCCGAAUCCGACAGUUGAUUGCGGCGGAGGAAAGCUUGACGUGUUCAUAUCCAAAUGUGUGCUGGAAAGAAAUGGCUACACCACCUCCAGUAUAAGUCUGCAAAGUCCCUCGUGCCUGGCUGAUAGCGAGAUUGUGAACGGCGCGGCGCAGGUGACUUUUCACCGACCUCUGACGAACAACGACUGCGAUGAUAUUGUGGAACUAAACACGACCCACGUCACGUACCGGAACACGUUGAAGAUUUUCGCCGUCACGACUCCACUUCAAACGCGAGAAGAUUUUGCGGUGAAUGUUUCCUGCUCUUACCCGCUGAGAUUAAAUGUCCCGCCGAAUACAACACUGAAUCCCAUACUUGGGACCACAUUGAUGAGUCUCUCUGGAACGAACACUCUCUAUACGGUGUACAUGGCAGCCUAUGGGGAUAUUUCCUUUUCCACUUUCCUGCCAGCGACUGACCCCGUAUAUCUGGAAGGCGCUGUGUACAUUUCUGUGCUUAUUCCAGAUCUGGAUGGUAAUAUUUUCAAAACCAAAGUGCUGAGAAUGUAUGUCUCUUCCGAAGAAUCCUACGCCCCCCCACACUAUGUGCUACUGGAUGGAUGCCCGACCAUAAACCAGACCACCGACACAGUGACUGUAAUAUCCAAUGGAAUCGGCAAUGAAUCUCGGUUCAUAAUAAAAAAUCUUCAGUUCCCCAAUUUAUUGGGGUUCAGGCUGUCUGCUGAUGUUUUACUCUGCACAGAUAACUGCACUUCGGACUGCAGCUCCCAAACCGAAUCAACAGACCUUCAGGGCAACAUAUCUACUGUCAGCAUCUUUAUAAUAACAAGUACGUUUUUCUUUUAUUACCAAUUUUUUAACGGUAAGUAUACAUGAUAAUGUUGUUCCAAUGUAUGUGUUUAGUUUGGCUGGUGUUUUAUAUUGACUUGUUACAUUGUAUAGAUUUGAUAGAUCAUUGACUUAUUACAUUGUAUAGAUUUGAUAGACCAUUGACUUAUUACAUUGUAUAGAUUUGAUAGACCAUUGACUUAUUAUUACAUUGUAUAGAUUUAAUAGAUCAUUGACUUAUUACAUUGUAUAGAUUUGAUAGACCAUUGACUUAUUAUUACAUUGUAUAGAUUUGACAGACCAUUGACUUAUUAUUACAUUGUAUAGAUUUGAUAGAUCAUCGUCUUGUUACAUUGAAUAGAUUUGACAGACCAUUGACGUAUUACAUUGUAUAGAUUUAAUAGAUCAUUGACUUAUUACAUUGUAUAUUAUUGAUAGACCAUUGACUUAUUACAUUGUAUAGAUUUGACAGACCAUUGACUUGUUACAUUGUAUAGAUUUGAUAGAUCAUCGUCUUGUUACAUUGUAUAGAUUUGACAGACCAUUGACUUAUUAUUACAUUGUAUAGAUUUGACAGACCAUUGACUUAUUACAUUGUAUAGAUUUAAUAGAUCAUUGUCUUGUUACAUUGUACACAUUUGAUAGGUCGUUUUAAUAAUUUUCCAUAUGCACACAUUAUACAACUACAUAUAAUAUACAUCAGACAUGGAUUUUCUAUAUACUGUGUAUCACACGCACUGCUAUUUUUCAACCAGUAAAAAAGCGUCUACUGCACCCCAACACUGACACACAUUACACAUUACAAUUUUGCACACUAAAACACAUAAAAAUACACAUUUACUAAACUUUUUAAAAAACACUGGAACUUUACAUCGAUUUCUUUAAAAAUAAUCGCAAAACAAAAAAAAAUGUAAAUUUAAUUUAUUUCUUAAUGUUAUUAAAGCAUAAGUUGUCAUAAGUAGCUUGGAGGCAAUUCAACUGCUUUUCUGUCCUUGGGGGGGCUACAUAUUGGAUGGGGCAGAAGUCCUCCUAAGCACAUACACACAGGGCCGCUGAUAGGGGGGGGGGACCACCAGUCCUCCUGUAGGGUGCCCGGGCACACAGGGGGGCCCAAACACCAGAGGAAAGGAAGGGCAAUUACAGGAUGCCCUGCGCGGCUCUCGGCAGCAGCUGAAAACCCUCCCGCCGACUUUUAGCUGUUGCAUGGAGAGACACAAACACAACUGCCUUUCUGUCCUUGGGUGCUACAUAUUGGAUGGGGCAGAAGUCCUCCUAAGCACAUACACACAGGGCCGCUGAUAGGGGGGGGGACCACCAGUCCUCCUGUAGGGGGCCCAAACACCAGAGGAAAGGAAGGGCAAUUACACAAUGCCCUGCGCGGCUCUCGGCAGCAGCUGAAAACCCUCCAGCCGACUUUUAGCUGUUGCAUGGAGAGACACAAACACAACUGCCGGCUUCCUUGCCCUGUUAAAAAAAUAAAAAUAAAAAUAAAUAACCCAGUAUUAUUUUAAUCCCUUGUAAAA